ACCUUUAAAUAAUAUCUAAUUCAAAUCUUUUAUUAAAUUAAUAGAAUAAUGGGCUCUGUGAUGGUUCUGCCUGUUUUUAUCUUAGCUUCGUGUUUAAAAUGUUUUUUAACUUAUGAAUUGUUUCAUAGCUGUGACCAUUUUCUUAAGCUCAAUGCAAAUCAAAAAAUUUUCAUUAAUUCUCCUUACUAUCCGAACUCUUAUCCGCAAGGUACAUCAUGUCGCUAUACCGUGGAAGCUCCAACUGAUUUUGAACUCAAAUUCAGAUGUGAAAUAGAUUUUAUAACAGAUAAUGAAAUGAAAUGCAACUCUGACGUAUUUUAUUUCAAUAACAAAGGGAGCGAACUCAUUUAUGGUUCCGAAUACUUUUGUGGAUUAGGAAGUUUGGAGAGGAAAAGUUUCAACAAUAAAGGAACGAUUUCAUACAUUUCUUCUAGUGCUUUCAAUCGCACUUUAAACAAAAAAAGCAAUGACAAGUCAUCGAAGUCCGGUCGAUUUUCAUGCUUGGUGGAAGCAAUCGAAGCACCCUGCGACUGUGGAUGGAGUUCAACACAGAGGGUUACUGGUGGGAGUGAAGCUACCUUAGGGGAGUUUCCUUCAAUGGCAGCAGUCAUCCAAAAGCUCGGAAAUAAAAUAUUCUGUGGCGCCACAAUAAUUCAUCAUCGGUUUUUACUGUCAGCUGCCCACUGCUUUAUACCACAAGAGGUGUCACAUCCCAAACUUAUUACAAUUGUCGUUGGAGCAGAUGACCUUUCAAGCAUUCACGAUUCCUUUUAUAGCCAACAACGGUAUGAUAUCGAGGACAUACAAAAUCAUGGUAAUUUCCGGUUAAGGAACCUUAUAAACGACAUUGCUUUGCUAAAAACCGUUCGAAGCAUUGAAUGGAGUCAGGUAGUGGGACCAGCAUGUUUGCCCUUUCGCUUUGACAAGGAAUCAUUGGGUGGCUUGGAAGUGGAUACAGCUGGAUGGGGUACUACAAGUUUUGGUGGGCAACAGUCGAGAAAAUUGUUAAAAACAAACCUUUUCAUUUUGAAGAAUGAAGAAUGCAAACAAAGUGUGCAUGCAGUGAUGGGAAGCCAAUUGUGUACUUCGUCUUCUCCUGGUAAGGACACGUGCCAGUAUGAUUCGGGAGGUGGAUUAUUCUUAAGAAUGAAUCGAAUGUAUGCAGUUGCAGUUGUGAGUUAUGGCUAUGCAUGCGAUGGAGAAGUUCCCUCGGUGAAUUCAAGGAUUUCAACGUAUCUUAAGUGGGUGCAGGCCAUGACUAGAAAUGUGAAGUUUUGUGUUAAAUGAAUUA